CACUUGAAUUGGGGGUUGUUUUUUGGGAUACCCAAAAUUACAUUGUGUGUAUGUUUUGAGGAUUAUUAUUUUUGUUGUUGUUGUUGUUGUUGUUAUAGGAUUAUUUAUUUUUCAUUUUAUUAUGAGAUGAAGUAAUAUGUAGUGUCACCAUGAUAGCUUUCUAAAAACUGAGAGUUUUCUUUGUUGAAUUCCUUUUGAGAAAUGAAAUUACUUCAUUAUGAAUAGAAAUGUGAUGAAUAGCUAAUAUCUUAAGUUAGGACCCAAAGACACAUGAAUGGCAAAAGUGACUUCAUUUGACUGUUGAUAGCUGAAAUGACAAUUAAGGAUACAAAAAGUAUCAUUGUGGAUAUCCUAAAUGUUCAUUUUGACUUGACAGAAUUGAAUGACAGAACUCUGUAACAGAUACUAUUUAUGAAAGAGACUAAAUAUACUGUAAACGGAUAGAAACUUGCUGGUGAUCCUUCCAUGGCAUUCAGAGGUGGUUUUUUUGUUGUUUUGUAAAAUUUGGCGUAUGGGGAGGUGAAGUGUUGAGGUAACACAGGCCUGUAGAAUUUUCUAGGAACAGAAAAGGCACUUAUUUUGUGGGAUGGCCUUGGAACAGCAUUCAUGUAGGCCUAUAAAGAGGAAUUGCUUAUUACUCUUAACGCCUACAGGAAGCACCUGUAAAAUAAAAGACUAUUAGACUAGACAGAAAGUUGAGCGAAGUAUGUAUUUUUUAUACAGAAAUGUUGAGCUUAUGUGAUGUUUUACCUCCCCCUAGUGGAUGAUUUAGGUCAAAAAGCAACAGAACUUCAGUCAGCUUCCUCACUUUAUCAUACAAUGUGUGCAUUUUAUAGCAUUUGUGACAAGAAGAUUAUCCUGUUAGGCAAGGCCGACUUGUAUCUCACUGAGCUUUGCUAUCAGACCCCUGCUUUUUCUACAAGGAUAUUGAAAUAUACAUAUAUCAGUAGGUAGUAAGUCAAGGAAAAGUAAAAAUAAAAUAAUACUGGUGAAAUGACAGCAAGUAUGUAAACUUUACGAGGUGUAAAUGUGGUUUUAUUUUAGCGUGCCUGCCCCAAGGGCUUUAACAGGUGCACUACUCAGAGCGUGGAGUGAAGAUGCUGCCUUCAUGUGUAGUCGGUUGAAUUUAAAAUUGCCUCACCUAACCUCGGAUUAACUAUUUAGUUUGAAUAUUUGUCAAAUUUUUCAUUUGAGCUGUACAUUUUUCACCUUUUACGUUUGGAAAGACAAAAUAUUUUGAAUCUAAUUGUUUAAUGGAACGUUUCAUUUUAAAACUUCCUCGGCGUUUAAGCUCUUCUCCUACAAUUGUUGCUGCAAAGCAGUCAUGCUAUACUGUUAUACAGAAAGACGAUGAAAUAGACCCAUAAAUGUUGUUUAACAGUGAUUUUAGCCCCGUACUGACAUGCGCUUCUGCACUCAAGACUUAUCUAUAAUUGUUUACAAAAAAUACCCAACAUAACUUUUUUUUAACGUUCAAGGCUCAUUUUUAGUGGGCCAGAUCGUUCACCCGACUAAAUGCUCUAAAAUGAGUUUUGAUAAGGCCUCUAUAAGAGAUAUGUAAAGUUUAACUUUGACGAUCUUGCAUUGUUCGAGGUAACAUGAACGCAGCAUCAGAUGGUGCGUGCACUGUGCUGACGAGCCGUUGCUUGUGGAAACAGCUGGUAGUUUCUGUCAGCGAACACCUCGGCUGGAGAGCAGCUUUUGGCUGGAGUAAAAGUUCAUAUUGCUCUCGGAAUUUAUUGAAAGCGUUUUCUUUCAACUUUCUGCAGCUAUUCCAUCAGACGCUAGGAAAUGUCAUCCUGUUAACGCCACUCUACUGGCCAGUUGUUAAUGAAGUACCUAGCUUGUUAGCGGUACACCUCUGACGCUCGACGUCAAGCUAGCCGGCUAAAUUUGUAGUCCCAUAGCAACAACUACCAGGAGACAAGUUUUCUACCAUUGCAGAAAAACUGUCAGCUGCCGGGUUUCUGGCAGCGUAGUGGCAGGAUUUUGCUUAAUUUCAGCAUGACUCAUGUUCAUUAUAAAUUUUCCUCCAAGCUCAGCCAUGACACGGUGGUUUUCGACGGACUGAACAUCACUCUGAGGGACCUGAAAAUACAGAUCAUGGAGCGGGAGAAGCUCAGAGCUGGAUACUGCGACCUACAGAUCACAAACGCUCAGACCAAGGAAGGUAAUAACCCCGAUGACUGCGCUGAUAAUGACAGUGUGUUUAUCAUGACAGUAUUGAACUUUGGAAGACAACACGUGGUCCUGGUUUGACAGCUGUUUGGUGAGAGUGUUGCGUCAACUAAAAUCAACGUUUGGGGGUAGAGCAAAGGGGGGUCCAGAAAAGUCAACCACUAACAAAAGAGUGAUGAAUGGGCAGCAUUCCUGCUGUUUUCACGCCUCAUGCUCUUAAUCAGACAGCCUGAUGGCGCGGGAUCAGCCCUGUCAGUGCCACCAGAGAUGGGGGGUAAAAAUAGCAAAGGUAGACUACAGGAGCACAGCCCAGGCAUGACCAUAAGAAUUGAGUUGAGCUUCUAAUCAAAUAAACAUGAAUCUCAUCAAUAUGGAAACAACUAGUUUGAGAAAGAGUGCAGCAAGUCACAAGUAGGCUGCCUCACAUGCAAGGAUAAUGCAUAAUUAUUCACACUAGAGUAAACGUAUAAGUCUAUUUAAUUCUAGGCAUAAAAGCUUACCAUGAAAAGAUCUAAAACCGUUGAUAUAUUUGGAUUACAUCUUUGGCUAAUGUGUGCAUACACCUGUUUAGUAUGUAGGACUGUCAAUCAACACAAGUAGGGUUGUAUUUGAGAAAAAUUGAUUUAUUAAACAUUAGUCUAGCAGCGGGGCAACAUCUAAGAUUUUCAACAUCGACAGUCCCUUAUGAUAGGUUUGAUGUUCAGUUCAGCACAUACUGAUCUCAACUCAUGUCAGGGGGCUGAUUUGGUUCACCAGGUUAAAAUCUUAUCCUGAGUCUGAUGUGUAUAGAUUUUAGAGAUGUUAAAAAUCACAUCAGAGCAUUCUGUAUAUGAAUGACACCAAUCUCUUGACUAAAAAUUAAUAAUUCAUUUAUUUAUCUGAAGCUAGCAAAUCAAUCUAUCAACUAAGAAAGGUCCUGCUUGAAUCAUGUUAAAUUGCAAAAUUGUAAAUUCUUCCUUCUUCUUGCUCCUCGAAGUUGCAAUACUCAAAAAUGAAAUGUCUUUUAAAAAUGAAAAGGUGCAAGUAUUGCUUUGACAUAUCUCCAGUCUUAAUAAAUGUAAAAUUGUGCAAUUACUGGUGCAGUCUGUUACUCUACUGUUGAUGGGUUUGAGAAAUGAGGGCCUUGGCAGCCCAUUACCUUGGAUUAAAGGAAGCAGCCUGGCUACUUCGCUCCAGUAGAAAAGUACAGCUGUGGUACGCUUAAAUUGAGAGGGUCAUUAAAGAGAAAUGAGCAUCAUUAGCAGCUGCAGAUUUAUCAAACCAAGACUCAAAGUAGUUAUGGUAUUUUAAAGUCUUAACCAAACUAUUUUAAACUCGAUCAAAGAACUAGCCUGACACCGGACAUUAGUUAUCGGUAAAUAAUGUGCAACAUGAUGAGUUUUUUCUUGUCUGUCUCACAUCAGUUGUUGUAUUUUAACAAUAAUUCUCAAUCCUCUUUUCCCUAACUGGCCAUGUCUGUCUUUCUCAGAGUACAAAGAUGAUAAAAGUAUGAUCCCCAAAGGCUGCUCUGUUAUCGUCAAGAGAAUCCCCAUCACCGGAGGGAAGUCCAGCAAAACCAGCAACAUGUAAAUGUGUUUCCUUUGUUUUUCCAAGAGAGAAAUGUUUGUGCAAUUUAAUGCCAAAUUUCUGCUCUGUUAUUAGUGUUGAUAUCCCAGCCUUAAAGAAGUAUCCACCCUAGCUUGUACUGCUACAAUUCAAAGAAAGAUUAGUAUACAGUGGAUGCCAAUAAGCAGCCUCACUCAUAGGAGGAUUGAUCUUUAAAGGUCAGUGCUUGACCAUGAAUGCAGAUCUUGGACUCUCACUAGUUGAAAGGUGAAGGUUGUUUCAAAACACAACAGUGCUGUGUGAAAAGAAAAACAACACUCCUGUGAUAGACUACACUGAAGGUAACUCAGUGUAGUCUGGGUGACUCAGACGUUAGUCAGCCUUACACGGCAGAGCCAGCAGUGGUGUCGUCUUUUGGUGUUGAGAGCAGAAAAAAUACCAACCUGUCAUGUGAUUAUCCCCAUCAGCAGCAUUCAGCUGGGUGGAGAGGAAUGAGGGCUAAACAGUGAUUUAUACAGCUCAAAAGAUUAAAUUUAGCUCCUAAACUAUCAACCUGCAAGAGCAUGAUAAAGGUGGUUCAACUUUUUCAAGAGCUUCCCAGUAACUCUGUGUCAUAAAAAAUGUGUUUGACACAUAUUUUCAUUGAUUUCUAGAACCAAAUAUUCACAGGUAGCUGAAGGCAUACUCCUGAGUACUUGACACCAAUGGAAGCAUCAUUUGUUAGAUGUUAGUUUAUCCAGAUACAAUUUGGUUGAAAUGUAACAUUGACAUUUAUAACAGAGUGCCAAAACAUUUUGUUUUAAUCUUGCUCUACACUUACCGUGUUCCAGAUUCAAAAGCAUACAUUAAUUGCUGGAAUGGCCAGCCUCUGCGAGUAAAACCAGUGUGGGGACACCUCUUCAGAGCAUUACUGAAACCUACCAAACUGAGUGUUUUAAACUAAUUUUCGAAUCACACGAUUAUAUUAAACAUUUGUCACUAGAGAGAAAUUCUAGAUUAUCACAAUUGGGAAAUGUUUUUGGUUAUUUCUGCCACAAUUUUGGAUAUUUGAUUAAAAUGAUUUCUCUUUGUGUUCCAGUGAGAGAUCAGAUCUCCAGCAGAUGCACCAGGUCCUUGGAACUAACAAAGCAGUAUGUAACCACACAAAAUACCGCUUCACCUCUCCUCCCACAGCUCCUCUGAACACACAUUUUUAUCAUCGCCGCAUACCUACUCUUGGGCUGCAUUGGUCUAAACAAACAUUUACUCAGUCUAAAUUAUGAGAGGCAUCUUGUCAUUCCUUGUAUUGCAGGUAAAGUUUGUGCAGCAAAGAGGAACUGACUCUCAGUAUCCUGCAUAUGGUUUUAGGAAAAGUACUGUUCUGUGGCAGCAAACAAACAAAAGAACCCAGCCUUCUCUCCCCAAGGCCCCAGUGCAGUACUUCUAAUCUUAUAGGAAAGAAAUGCAGCUAAACCUGAUAAAGGCUCUCAGUUGUUAGAAUCUGUCAGUGAGUAGUGGGAGCUGACGGGUGGGUCAGACAUUAUCUUGCACCACAGCUAUGAUAAAACCAACUGUAGCUUUGCGAUGCUAUUGCACAGUACUUUCUUCUGUUAAGUUAAUUUACCAUAUUUGCAUCUUUACAUUUGAAGGCUUUUUUAUGGAGGUGUUAAAAUUACUUUCAGUAAAUGGCACUGUGAGGAGUAUUAAACUGGUGAAGAAACAGGGUGAAAGAGAUACUCAUGCCUCUAAAUGUCCUUUCAAAGUAAACAAGACCAUCAGGAAUGAGUUUAAUCCCUGUUGUAGUAUUUUUAAUGUCUGAACAAAUGAUUGACAGCUUGCUAAAAACAUCCUUUUGGACUUUUUAGACAGAAAAUAGUCACAGAGAGCAAAGUAUGUCAUUGUUAUAAGACAACAGGAUGAGGUUUCUGUCCCUCAAGUGUACAGGACAACAGAAUAGAGGUAUCACUUUGUUCAAAGGGGGCACAAACACCAACAAAAACCAAAUGUUCCUCACAGUACCUUUAAGUAUUACCUUACUUUACAGUGGGAAAUACUAAACUAUACAAGAAAAUAUUAUGAACUCCCUUAUUGUAGAGAGGAUGUCUAAACUGGGAUCUGUUAGUCAGGCUGGAUAUAUAUACAAUUGUGGUCAAAAGUUUACAUACACUUGUAAAGAACAUAAUGUCAGGGCUCUCUUGAAUUCCUGUUAUUUCAACAACUCUGAUUUUUGUCUGAUAGAGUGAUUGGAACAGAUACUUUGUCACAAAAAACACUCAUGAAGUUUGGUUCUUUUAUGACUUUAUUAUGGGUUAACAGAAAAAUUUACAAAAUCUGCUGGGUCAAAAAUAUACAUACAGCAGUGCUAAUAUUUGGUUACAUGUUCCUUGGCCAUUUCCCCUUCAAUUAGGCACUUUCGGAAGCCAUCUACAAGCUUCUGGCAAGCUUCUGGUUGAAUCUUUGACCACUCCUCUUGACAGAAUUGGUGCAGUUCAGUUAAAUUUGAUGGUUUCUGGCAUGGACUUGUUUCUUCAGCAUUGUCCACAUGUGCUCAAUGGGGUUCAAGUCAGGACUUUGAGAAGGCCAUUCUAAAACCCCAAUUCUAGCCUGAUUUAGCCAUUCCAUUACCACUUUUGAUGUGUGUUUGGGGUCAUUGUUCUGUUGGAACACCCAACUGUGCCGAAGACCCAAUCGUGAUCAGCAGCAAACUUCAGUCAAACCUCUUGUCCUUCUUGCACGGUAGCCUCUCAGUCCAUGGAUAUGCAAAACACGCUUGACUGUGGACGCUGACACCUGUGUCCCAGCAGCUUCUAAUUCUUGGCAGAUCUACUUUUUGGUGGUUCUCGGUUGACUCUUCACCUUCUUGACCAAUUUUCUCUCAGCAGCAGGUGAUAGUUUGCAUUUUCUUCCUGAUCGUGGCAGUGACAAAACAGAGCCAUGCACUUUAUACUUACAAUGUUUGCAUUGUUGCUCUUGGUACCUGCAGCUGCUUUGAAACUGCUCCAAGUGACUUUCCUGACUUGUUCAAGUCAAUGAUUCGCUUUUUCAGAUCCAUGCUGAGCUCCUUUGACUUUCCUAUUGUAGCAUCUGUGGGCAUUUGUAUCCAAUGAGCCCUAUUUAAAUGGCCUCAGAGAAGUCAUCAGCUGUAGUCACUUAUAAUCACUCACAAGAAGUUAAGAGGCCAUGCUAUGAAGCUCAUUUCAUUGACACAACUUUCUAAGUCACCAACAUUUCUAAUUCCUGUUGCUGUAUGUAUAUUUUUGACCCAGCAGAUUUUGUCAGUUUUUCUGUCAACCCAUGAUAAAGUCAUGAAACAACUAAACUUAAUGAAUGUUUUUCGGUGACAAAGAAGUAUUUGUUUCAAUCACUCUAUCAGAGAAAAGUCAGAGUUGUAGAAAUAACUGAAAACUCAAGAGAGCCAUGUCAUUAUGUUCUUUACAAAUGAAGUUUUGUGACUGUUAUUUUUUGCUGAAUUACACCUAAACCUUUUUCUGAUCUAAAAUAUCCUGGAAAGGUUUGGCUUGCUUCAGACUGAACUGUGCACUGACCUCACCUGAUUCUCUCUUUGGUUUCUCAGUAGGAGAAGUGUCUACCACUCUGCUUAGCUCUGUGAGUCGGUCGGACCAGAUAUACCUUUGUUUCUCUUUGUGUUUUUUUUUUCUUUACAAAUAAAGAUGUUUGUAUGAAGCUGUCUUGUGUAUUGUAUUAUGUGUUUGACUUCGCAGGAAAAAUGGCAAAUAAAGGCAGCAGAGGUAGACAAUCCUUGCUGAAGUCCUCAGUGUGGACCAAGCUCAGAAACCUUCCAUAAUGUAACCUCAGAGCUUCAUUCGCUAGAUUCAGCUGGACCAUAAUAAGUAGGAGGCAGAGAGAUAUGCCAGAGACAAUAGAAUUCAGAUCAGCUGGCUCAUUGGAGUAUGUAUUAAACAGGGGCUUUGCAAUUUGAGAUAGCAACUUCUACUUUUAAUGUCGACUGCUAUGACUGAGUAUUGAUGAUAAAUCCUGAUAGAUCACAACAAAAGCUUCUGUGAAAACAUCGGACUCUCUGAGCUUCAGUGUGGAGCAGUGACAGAUUGGAAGUAAUCGAGAAACUAAACUGAUAAAUGUAAUCUUAUCCUCAACCAAGUCAUCGUUAGUGUACAGCCAGCUGUGUCUGCACUCUGCAGUGAUGAUGCUAGUGUCAGCAUGCUAAAAUGCACAACGCUGACAAAGCAGGUGUACCAUAUUCACAGUUUUAGUUGGGCCUGGUAAUAAUGGGAGUGAUGUUAAUAGUGACAAUGUUAAUUUUGCAGAUGUCUGAACAGAAACCUAAGUACUGGAUAAAUAAGUUUCUAAGAUUUCUAUUUGAUGGUGGUAAAAGGGAAAUGUUUAAAAUGUGAAAAAAUUGAAUGAAUGUUUCGACCAAAUUUAGCAACUUUCUGCAAAGUUACUGAAGUCACCUGUCCUCACCUAUGGGUAACCAUCCAAAUGGCGUCUUUUGUGGUCCUCAUAUCUUCUCUGGUCCAAAAUAGAAGCAUAGGCUCUGUAAGAGACGUGAGGUUUUCGGUAGGGCUGAGGAGGACAGCUGAUAAGAGCAGAGAUUGUUUCUAUCUGACACAGUCCUGUUUCAACAGGCGGAAAUUCACAAGACAAGAAAGUAAAUCUGCAGUUACUGUCAGAUAAGAACCAAUAGUUAUGAUCUGCUGUGUGGAAAUCAUCACAGACUGCUGUUGGAAUUUGGAUUAUCAAAGUGAAAAGUGGGUGUUUUUAUACAGGAGUUGGUUACAUGUCUGAGAGGUCAAAGCAAAAAGAGCUCACAGUUUUUACCCAAGUCGCAGUCAAGAGGGUCUUAAUGGUUCUUACCUGAGAUUGAAUUUGUGUUUGAUUCCAACAGAUGAACGGCCAGAGUUCUACCAGUGAUUUCCUCUUUUCCUCCAAGGUAUAAUAUUCCUUCAGCUUGUGCAUUUUUAUCUGAGAUCAUACUGAUCCAACUUCUUUUCGUGUCAUCUUUGUGUCUCACAUGCAUCUGUGCGUGUACCUGCAGAUGGCCAACUUGGCUGAUGCCAACGUGUCUGAGGAGGAUAAGCUCAAAGUCAUAAUGAAUCAGUCAGCCUAUGACUCCAUCAAGUGAGCCAUUUCUGGAAUCCUUUCAAAUUUCACCCCCAUCCUCAUCCCUGUCUUUCUACACAACUGUUCCACCUGUUUGAAUAUCCAUGUGAUGUUGUGGUAAUUUUUUCUUUGAUUAUGUUUUAACCACAUUAAGUUCUCCUCAUCACUCCUCCAUCAUCAUUCAAAGUGAAUCUCGCUAGCUAACAUUAAAGUAAGCUAGAAGGUAACAUUCAAUAAUUAAAGAGGGGGGAAAAAAUCAUUCCUAUCCAACCUAAUGUACUUUCUUGCUGACAUCACCACUGGACAAAGGCUUUCACCAGCAUUACAGUAGGCUAAAAAGGGGUUGAAAGCUAAUUAUGUAUUCAGUAGUGUAACAUGAAACUACCUAACAAGCAGAUCUUUGCUAAGUGUUGCUUAUUUAUCUUCAAGCUAAUGUAGUACAAGCCAGAGAGCAGUGAUUUGCUGACAUUGUAAGCAUUGGUUCUAAAGCUAAGGGGUUAACAAAUGUGUCAUUUAAACCUUGAGUACAGGCACUUUUCAGUUUUUAUUAAUGGGGUAACAGUUAAAUGAAAGUGAUGGUCAGAUUACAAUCCUUUUCAUGCUGCUAACAAGCUGAAACACAUCAGAUGAACUUAGUCUUGAACCUUUGACAACUGAGAGUGACAUCAGAGCAAAAAAUCUCCUGAGUCACAUCUUCUCUCCCAACAAAACAAAGAACCCAAUUCUUCCUACUCUUUCAACAGUUUCUACAUUAAUUCAUUGUUGCCAUUUAUUUUCAGCACCCCCGCAGUUUUACUAUUUCUUUCUUUGCCUCUCCAUUCCUCUUUUCAGCUGUGGUACCGUUCUUCCAGCGAAUUACAUGUGUUAUCGCUGUGGAUAUACUGGACACCACAUCAGAAAUUGUCCCUACAGCAGGGUAAGAGCAGCGAUUACCGCCACCUCUGACUAUACUAGCAUAUGUGUGAAUGACAGCAUGUAGUCAGCUAAGCCUGGCAUUAAGUGUGCAUAUGUGUGUUUGAAAGCAGGAUAAAGCCACUGAUAACCCUGUGAAAAUCAAGAAAAGCACAGGCAUCCCCCGCUCCUUCAUGGUGGAGGUGGAUGAUCCCAAUAUAAAAGGAGCCAUGCUCACCAACUGUGGACGAUAUGCCAUACCUGCUAUAGACGCGUGAGUGAGAAGAGUCAGUGAUAGCAUGUCUUUUCUUCAGAGGUGGUGUUUGUAUUUGAUCCGUUUUGCCAUUGGAUAUAUUUCACAUUUGUCACGGCUGCACCGCAUAGAUGGUGUUUAAACAGGACAAGAAAACAUGACUUAACCUCGCCCCAUUAUUGAGUAGUUAAAUACAUCAUGUGAGCUUGGCAGGCAGCCAUUGUCAUAUCAGUGCACACUUCUUGCAGUGGCCACCCCAUCUUUCGUCUCAGAUGAUUGGUCUGAUCCAGUCAUCAGCUGACCAGGAACAAGCUUUUCAGGUUGCAGCUUUGCAAGAUGUAUCCGCCUGAUGACAGACUUGAAACCUGGCAAAUCCAUCUGUUUUAAAGGUUACCAUAAAAAGGCAUCAAUGUCAAUUUUACUGUUUUAUCACCAGUUCAGAACACCUUGCAGGAGCUUGAAUAGUAUGUGGAUUUUUUAAAUACAGCUAUUAAGAAUUAAUGAUACUAUGGUCAGAAUUCGGUCGAAUCCCAAAAGGAGGAAAAAACUUUGAUAUGCCUAAUAUGCACUAGUGUGAACAGAUGUAUUUUAAGGCCCAUAAAUAAUAUGAAACAAAAUCUGAAUUAAAAGAUGGCUCACAUCUUGUUCACUCACUUUUUUCCAUGUGUGAUUUGCUAAGAAUGAAGGGAUUGUACUGUAAUUCAUGGAGUACUGUAGACCGUCAUUUAGAAGUUACAGUUUUUAUCUCAAAACAAAAUGCUUUACCAGGUCUGCUCCUGGUUGAAACAUGGUAAUGCAACUUAGAACAUCUGCUUUAUGUACUACUGCCUCUCCUUAGUGAGGCGUACGGCAUCGGCAAGAAGGAUAAGCUUGCGUCUGUUCCAGCGCAGCAGCAGGAGGCAGAAGAUAAGGAGGAUCCUGUACCUGAAGAACUCCUCUGUCUGAUCUGUCAUGACCUGCUGAGCGAUGCUGUGGUCAUCCCCUGCUGUGGAAACAGCUACUGCGAUGACUGUAAGCUUGCUUUGUACUUUGUAAAUAAAGAACCACAAACUAUUGUUCAUCAAAGAAGACUAUUGUUCAGAUUUUGAUUCUGUCAAUAGAGACAUUAAAAAAUGCUACACAAGCUGUUGCAACUGUCCCACCCUCACAUGCACAUUUUCCUUUGGGUAAAAUACAUCUUUCUUUCUCAUUCAGGUAUCCGCUCUGCCCUCCUGGAUUCAGAGGAGCAUAUCUGUCCCACUUGUGGCCAUUAUGAAGUCUCCCCAGAUACUCUGAUAGCAAAUAAAUUCCUCCGACAGGUAGUUUGAAAAUAUGCAAUGAGAAAGUACUGUGUUGUGAGGCAAUACUGGAGAUUACUGAAUCAGUUGGGCAGUUUAAUUCAUCCCUUUAUGAAGCUGACAAAAGUGUUUGACUCCUUUAACACAGGCUGUGAACAACUUCAAGAAAGAGCAAGGUCAAACUAAAAAUCUGAAAAAAGAGAGCAUUAUCUCUAAGUCCCAAAAUCAACCCCUGAUGCCGAGCCCAGCCCCCACCCCACCCACAGUUAUCACACAGAGCCAACCUCUGAAGACUCACAUGCUAAUCAAGAGCCAGCAGGUGAGUCUGGUAAUAAGGUGUUUUGUCAGGAAGACAGAACAUCUGAAUAAGACUUUGGAACAGAUGACACUGUUUUGAUCACAGUCUGAUAUCUCAGACUGUUAAAGGGGGAUAAUUGCUUUAUUCUGCUACCUCCUUGCCUCCAGGAUCCUCUCCUGUACUCCUCCAAGGCUGCAGACACACCGUCAACAUCCCAGGAUUCUGAGACUCCUCACUCUGUCACAGGCCCCUCCCACACCUCCAACACACCCAUCAGGUCUCCACAGACUGUGCAGCUCCACCUGGAGAUUACUGAGUGAGGAAGAUCUCUUGGGAAGGAAGUGUUUGUGCUCAUAUUUCUUGUCAUGGUCUCAUUUACUUUCAGUCCUUAGGUUUUAGAGUUGUCACCCCUCUCUGUGUUAUUCUAUGUCCUUUCAACCUCUGUGGAUUACUGCCUUCAAGCACCAACAAAGACCAAAUACGUUCAGGUUGAGGAGCUAAAAAAUAAACCAGCAGUGUGAGGUAUAUCUGUUUUUUCCUUAGGGAAACUGAUGCAAAAACACAGGAUUACUCAGGAGCUGGUUCCCCUCCUGGACUGGUCUCAAAUCCCACAGCCUUACCACAGCUAAUGCCACAGGUGAGAACACACAAUAAACACACACGUACUUCAUUCAACAGAGUUACUCUGUAUAUGUACUCUGUGGUAUUUGUGUGUGCACAGGUUGAUCAGUCCCAGUCACUCAGUGUGAAUCAGCCAGAGUCUUCUUCAGGUCAGAGAUGAAGAAGCAUUUUGUUCAUCUGUUCUGUUUUUGCUUGCAUAAUCAUUUUGAUGUCAGAAACACACAAACACAGCUUGCUCCUUCUCCUCUUCAUCUUGUCCCACAGGAUCUUGGAGUGAAUUAACCCCCCAGCAGCUUCCUCCUCCAUUGUCCUUUUCCUCCUCAUAUCCACCUACUUCCCCACCACACUUGCCCUCCUCCCAUUUCCACCCAUUCCAGCCUCUCAGUGGAUACCCCCCUGGAUACCCACAUGCUGCACCCGUCUGGUCUUUCCCAACAUUUAAGGGACCUCCCUUCCCUCCCCUUUGCUCGCCUUCCUCAAUCCCCGCCCCGAUGCACCAUGAUUGGUACAAGAACAAGACAAAGGAGGAAAGGUACUAAGGACAUAACUACCCUCACCUGGACUGCACUAUUUCUAUUUGAGUAUCUUCCAGCUGCUGAAAAUCUCUAAAUGUCACAGGUCAUAGAACAGGUAUUAGGCAAGCUACCUGUAAAAUGUAGUGGACUGAGCUGCAGGUUACUUAAAAUCACAUUAGACUUCACCGCACUGAAGCUGUAUCCUGAGAAACAGCAGGCAAAGCCACAGCAGUUUGGCUAAAGUUUCUAUAAAUUACUUCCCUUGGACCACUUUGUACCUCAAAGUCUUACAAUGAAUAACAUAUGUUCCUUGUCUAUAUACUUUAUUUAGUCCUGUGACUCAGAUAAGUCCCAUUCAUUCCCUGAAUCUGUAUUUUUGCUGCAGCUCUGACACUAUCAGAGUGGUGUAAAGACAAUGAAAAUGAAUAUGAAAGUGUGACAGCUCUGCUGUUCCAUUGUUUUGAACUAUGUUGAAGUUUUCUGCUUACUGUCUGCAGCUUGAUUGAUUUGACUAGUGCAGCAUCCUGCCCUUUCAUUUUUCACUUUUAGGCUGCCAAUCAGAGCAGUACCUAAUUCUCAUAGCAUCUCCACCCACUCAAAUCAGUGCUUUGCUGAAGAGGUCACAAACUCAGAGGCUGCACACCCGACACAGUGGCAGGGUUUUUGAUGUUUAUUUCAACUGAAAGCAAAAUUUUCACUCUAAAGAAAACCAAGACAUGCUGUAACUGCUAUAAAUAGCAUUUAUGGGCCUUCAAAUCAUAUGCUAUAUCUACAUAUAUUUCAGAUACAGUGUAUUGCUUCCAAAGACUACAGAACAACUACAGAAAGUAAACUUAUGAAAGGUUGGUGGGUUAAAUGACUGGUUUAAUAAACCUAGUUUAUUUUUGAUGUGCCAUCAUGCGUGUUUAAAUGAAGAUAUGGACAUUUGAAGACAGCUGCAUUUUUUAUUGUAUGAGUCAAUUUAAAUCCAUUUAACUUGAUUUAAAUAUUUUAUUGUCUCUCUUUUUCCACGCACAGGUCUCCUCAGAGAGGAUCAGCAUAUAGACCCUCCUCAAAGUCUUCCAAGUCCAAAUCCUCUCACCCUCACCCUUCAAGCAGAUCCAGAUCCCGCUCUAGGUCCAGGUCCAGGUCAAAAGGCAGAUCAAGGUAUUUUAAGUCCCUUUCUUAAGGUACAGUAAGAGAAUAUGCUGAUAUUGAUUAAAGAAAUUACUACCUCUUUUGGUUUCACCUUCUUCUUUUGUCACUCAGGUUACCCUGCAGAGGAUCUCCCUAUAAAUGCUCCUCAAAGUCCUCCAAGUCCAAGUCCUCUCAUUCAUAUCCUUCCAGCAGAUCCAGGUCCAGGUCUAGGUCCAGGUCCAAAGGCAACUCCAGGUAUUUUGUGCCCUUCCUUAUUUUUAUUUUUAUUUUUUUUAUUUAUUUUUUGGUGUUUUGCCAAAAAAGUAUUGUUCUUACAUCUGAUUGAUUAUGGGGAUGCUGUGCCUGAAAUGUAAUCAAACAGAACAGUUUUGAUUCAGGUCCCUACAGAGACAGACUGUGCAUUUUACAUGAUUGAAGAAUACUUAUCAACCACUGUCUUGUUGCAGCCAUUGAAUUUAGUUGAGGUUUCUGUGCUCAUCAGACAGCAAAACACUAUCAAAGUAGAUGUUUAUUACAAGUCCAGCAUCAUUCUCUGUGAAACAGUCCUUGAGAUAGAGCUCAUUGUGGGGCAAAGUAGUGUAGUUCUUGGCGCUAUCAGCAGCUUAAUUUCAUUCUUAUUGAAUCCCCCCAUCCAUGACAAUCAGUAACAUGGUUAUAAUUUGACAUAUAAACAUUAUUGUCUUCUAUUUUCUAGGCCCAAAUCCCCUUCCUCCUACCAAAGGGAUCAACACACCCGCUCCCAGUCCUACAGCUAUGGUUACAAACGUUUGCACUCUCCUACCACGUCCUCUUCAUCUUCACCUCGAGUGAGUUACCAUUCCAGACACAAGUCAUCAUCAGAUCAUCGGCAUCACAGGAAAAAAUCAGCUAUGAGCAGCUCCAGGUCCAGGAGGGGAGGAGAACGCCACCACAAAAAGGGGGCCAACUCUCCUGUGAGGUUGGCUAGUUACAUGUUACCUCAGUAUGCAGAUCAAAUGAGCAGCCUGAAGCUGGACACACAGCGCUACCUUCAGUGGACAAAUGAAUACAAAGAGUGGUGUGAGAAAUAUUUAAACAGCUAUUUGGAACACUUCCAUCAGCUGCCUCCUCUUCCUCCUUGUCCUUUUCCUCCAGAUGUUGACAAAGAAAGAAGCAGAAAUCACUCACAAGCCAACUCCUGUGACCGACACCCAAGUAGACAAACUUCUUUCACACAUUGCCCCUCUUCUCUAUCACAGUCAUCUAGUGACAGCUGCUCCCUUUCAUAUCAGUCCUCAAGCGACAGAAGCUCAAAAUCCCCUCCUUCAUCCAGCGACAUGAGCUCCUCUCCAUCUCAUUUAUCCAAAGAUAGUCAUUCUCCACCUUCUCAGUCAUCCAGUGACAGCAGAUCAACUCAUUCUGAUGGAGGAGCUCAGGAGAGGUUUACUGAGAAGUGUGACUUGGCUCAACCAGACACAGAAAAUGAGGAGAGUGAGGAAGCAGACCUGCAGGAAAGCAGUCGAGAUAAUAAACAGCUUAAAGUGAAGAAAUCAGAGAAUCUGAGUACCCUAAAAAAUGAGAAGAAGCACGCAAAGGAAUAUAAACAAAUGCAAGGAGAGGAUACUUCACCUGUAGAUCAUGAGGUAUUAAUUGAUGACUGCAAUGUAGAAAACAAGCGCUACAGUGCUGCAUCAAACCCCUUGGAUGAUGGUUCCUCAAAAGAGGAAGAGGCAGCCAGCAGCAAGGCCUUCAAAUCCCUUCAACAGCACAUAAAAUCAGAUAGGUGUUUGGAAAGAGAACGUGAAAGAAAUAACAGAGAGGAAAUGCAUAUGGACAGAGAAAAAGGCUGUGGAAGAGACAGACAUUUGGAGUCCCGACAAGAAUUUGAGAGGAAGCACAAAGAAAAGUCCAGCAAAGAGACACACAGGAUCGGUGUAGAUAGACACAAGAAUUCCAAAGCAUCUGAUUCCAGAUCAGGAAAGAACAGAAAAAGAACAGAAAAAGACAUGGAGACAAGUCCUGAUGAUGCUCAAAAAAGAAGCAAAAGUCUGAAAACUAAAACCACAGAGGACCUAGAAACCCUCCAGGGGGAACACCCAUAUCAGUCUGGGAGGUUAGGGCUCAAACCAGAGAAACAAAUGGGGCCUCUGCCAAAGAAAGACAUUUGGGAGGAAGGAAUGCAGGUGAAACCACAGAAGAAGUUAAGAAUUAACAUUAGGUUGGAUACAAAACAAAAGGAAGACAAAACCAAAAAACUGGAUUUAUCUGAAUCAAAGAAAGAAAUUGAGCAGACUGGUGGGGUGUCAGAAGAGUCGAUGGAGAACAGAGGAGAAACAGAAACGCAUGAGAAUAAAGAAUCUAGCCAAGACCAUGGAGGUAUGUCAGAACAAAAACUCACAUCAGAAGGAGUGGCAGGACAUAUGUUUGAGGAAAAUAGCUUCAGAGAGGAGAAGACAGAAAACACUAAAAAGAAGGAAGAAAUCACACCGGACAUAGAGGAGACAAACUCUCAGGACUUCAAGUUAUGGAAAUCUGUCCCCAAAGGAGAGGAGCAGGUGGAAGAGGAGGAGGAAAGUAAAAACCAGUGGUUGGAUGAAAACAGGAUGGAGGACAACAAGGGUGAGGGGUUACCAGAUGACCAAAGGAAGAAUGCAAGGAAAGGAAAAGAAGGAGAGAAUAGGUGGAGGAAUGAUUGCAGAGGUCAAGAGAUGGAAGAGCUUGUUUUGGGUGCUCAGAGGGAGAAAGCUGAAAAGGAAAUAACCAGCAAGGAAAACACAACAAAGCUGUUGGAGAAACCAGGGCUGAAAGAGGAAAUGACUGAGGGAGUCGAAAUGAGUUUGGAGACAAAAGAUGAAGACACAUCAAAGACAAUGGACAAUGUCAGGUCAGAAUCUUUAUCUCUAAAAUUAACUUCUGUUCAAGGAAACAUUACAUCAAAACAACCUGAAAGUGAGUGAGUUAAACAAGCUCAAAUGAACAAUCAUAGAAUCCCUAUGAUCCACAAAAGAAUACAAGACCACCAAUGUCAAGAUUGUGGAUUUCUGUUGUGAAACUUUGAAUGCCUGUUUCCGCUGCAGGGGUAAGGGGGGGUGCACCAAAGAAACAGCCUUUGUUCAUCUCCCCACAGAAAAUAUACACAUGGAGUAAUUAAUUCCACUUUCAAAAGACAACACAUAUUGUCAGUUAGCUGCACUUCAUGAGGACAACACAUACAUAACAAUGAUGUGAUGGUUACCACCUUAUCUGCAGGGGGCACAAAAACCCACAAAGACAGAAAGUUCCAUACAGGAGCUUAAAAUGCAAAGCAAUGGAAACGUGUCCCAGGAUUAGCAGCCACUCACACCCUCAAAUUGUACCCUUGAAAAUGAGAGACUGCCGAGUUUCUGACAAGUUUGGCCCCUUCUUGAUUUUGAUUGGUUGCAGAGGGAGACGUAAAACAGCAAGUUAGCAACUACAAAACAUUUGACCAUUAGACCAUUCAGGUUGUAUAGCCAACUAUUGCUCUGUACAUGGCAUUGCAUUAGUGUUUUGUACAAGCUUUUUUUUUAUUGUAUUCUACAGAAAAAUGCCACAUUUGCCAUUUGAAGUGUGGAAGCAUUUCACACAAGCUAAUAUUAAAGGAAAAAUAUUUACUUAUUUAUGUUUGGAUAUAAUACAAUUAGUUUAAAUUACCCUCAUUUUCCAGUUAAUUCCCAUAAACUCCCAAUAAUUCCCAUAAAUUCCCAUGGAAAGUUUCCAAAUUGGAAUAUUUUCAAAAUUCCCCAGCUUAACUUCCCACCGAAAGUUUCUGGAAAUUUACAGGAAAUUUUCCACCCCUUUGCAACCCUACACUGGACUGAAGGUAUGAAAUAGUAAGAAACAGAAAGCAUUGGUUAGCUGAGAGUAGCUGUCAUUAACAGAGCUAGUACCAGAGACCUUUGGUUAAUGUCCACAUGCCUGUGCUGGCCACGUGUUGCUCCAGUCCAGUGGCUGUAUACUUGUUUGACAAGAAGCAUUCUACACACAACUUUAUCUCUGUUCACUAGAUCAAGAUACUGCCAUGCAAUAUGAUGCCAUUUGUCAUCUGCGCCUGUUUACAUUAGGGUAGUAAAUUCAAAUAGGGUAAUACAGAAGCAGAUUUAAACAGGGCUACAGCUAGACCAAAGCGUAGACCCAACAUAUGAGGGGCAUUUCGGGCCAAAAAUAAUGAAAAUGCUUAUGAUUAACUUAACUGACCAGUUGUUUUGGUUCAGACUAGUGACUAGGGGGGGAGAUGCCUGAGUCAUUUGGUCGACUAACUGCACAGAGGACACUUAACAGCAGCACUCCUACUGUCGAGACACUUAAAGUCCCACUGUGAUCAUUCUUUUACUACUUACUUUACUACUUUUACUACAGAGCUCCAGUAGCUCAUUAGCAAUUCACCUCUGAGUCAUUGGCAGAGACAGCACUGCUCUGCACACUCCUCUUCCCGCUAGCUUGCAGUCUAACAUUGCUAACAUUGUAGAAGUAGUGUUGUGGAAAACAUGUAUGGUAUGCAGCAAAAGAGUGCACAUGAGACAGGAUGAAAUCUGAGGAGCAGCCUGGGUUUCUUUCAUUGUACAGAUGUAGAAAUCAGUGCAGAUGACAAACGGAGUCUUGACCAAACCUGUGGAUAGCUUCCCAGGCUUUUCUCCUACUCCCUUUUAUACUGUCAGGUGUGUAUCUUUAUACAAUCAUUGUGUACUACUUUUAUCUGUUAUAUGCGUGCCUGCGUGCAUGUGUGUGUAAGUGCAUGCUUUUCCUGUCAUCAUGGGUACAUCAUAUCUAUCCUCCAGGAGGCUACCCAUGAUGAUAUGUUGUACUGUUCUGAAACUCACCACUUAGUUUAGAUUAGUCUUAACUUUGCUGGAUGUUUUGGCAGACUGAUAAGUUUUGGUCCCUGCAAAGAGCCUUGUUUACAACCUCCCAGUUGUGAGACUGCAUAAGUAGGCCAACCCAGCUUAUUUGUAACCCCUUAAUAUCACUCUAUAUUUCUUAACCUAAAUGUAUGGAAAGAUUCUACCUCAGUAGCAGGUAACAUAGGAGCUAUUCAGCUCUCAGACGCUAAUGUCUUUGGGGACACAAUGAAAGCUAAUAUCACAAUUAGCUUUCUUACGAGCAUUGUAAUCUGCUAACGCACACACUUUUUGGCGAUCGUCCUCUCUGUUUCUCCGAGUCUGGCCUGAAUAUUUGGGCUCCGGGGGGGGAGCUUGGAUUUGUGAUGUAGGAAAUCUCACUGAGUCUGAGCCUACUGUUUGGUUCUGUGAGAAGUUCACAGAGAUUUGAAAGCAGAAAUACUCAGAAAUGCAAUUUCGCACUUAUUUUCCCAUUAAAUGUCCUGUAGCAUCAAAAAAUGCCAUAUGAACACGUAGACAACAAGAAAAACAUAAUUUUCAUUGGAGUGGGUCUUUACGGAGAGGAACCAAACAGAUGGUUUGGUGGUUUUAAAAAUGUGGGGAAAGCAGUUAACUAUCACAAAAAUCAUUGUCACUUUCAGUAACACAGCCUUGAUACAUGUGUGCUAAAAUUUGCCAAAACAAUGUGAACUAGCUGAAGAUAAUGAUACCGGAUGACCAUGCAUUCAGUGGGUAGUUAAAAAAGGUGACUUUCAGCUUACCUUGGUUUGAAGGAUUUUUUAUGACUUUGUUUGUCCUCCCCAACAAUUGAGUACACAUGUUUAAUUGGAUUUGGUGGACUUCUUAGUCCUUUCAAGAUGCAUUAAGCUCAAUGGUGAACCAUUUCAGGCAAGAGAUAUGGUGAGGGUAGUACAGGAAGGUUAACGUGCAGCAGAGGACCGAGAGUUGAAUUUGAUUACUUAACUAGCUGAAGCUUAACUAGCCCCCUUUUUUUUUUCUUUGGUAGAGAUUCAUAUGAAGUAAUAUUUCGUAUUUUUUUAUGUUACACAGUCGAAGUUCUAAGAACAGUCAAGGGAGGAGGACUGUGGAGGAUUACAAUGAGGAAGUAUCUGGAGACAAAGAAGAGAAGCUUGUGCAGAUUCAGGUGAGUGUUUUGUUGGAUGUCUUACGGAAAAAAGGGAUGAAGAACUUUGACAAUUGUACAUAAGGAAACUGCCAUUUUCUCUGUCUUAACUCUCUGCUCCAGGUCCCUUGCUCCAAGUGGGAGAAGGAAGAUUCUGAGGAAAACAAGUCUCUGCCCAACUGUUCUGUGUCUGUGACAGCAGAGUCAACAACCAUUAAAAAUACAGGGGAAGAAAAAGAAGAGCAGAGACAGAGGUCAGUUAAAGUAGAGAGAGUCAGAGAGAAAAGCGCUACUUUGACCAGCUCAUAUAGAAGUUUGGCUCCCUCUUGUGGUCGAGACAGACCUGACAGCAGUUGGUGUACAGACAGAAGCAAGGAGAGAGGGAGGGAUAGUGAGAAACAAAGGGAUAGUGAUAAGGAGGGCAAAGUAAGGACAAAAGAGGGAGAUACGGGGAGAGACAAGAAGAAAGAGAGAGAGCACAAACGGGAUUCUCCUUCCUCCUCAAACUCUUACUCUUACUCAUUGUCACAUGACACAGAGAGGAGAGACAGGUAUCGAAAGAGUUUCCCAUUUCCUGAUGAAAAUUUCGGCACAAAGGAUCAAAACAGACACAAAACGGUCAAAAACUCUUUAACAAGCUUGAAAUUUAAAGACAAAGAUCACCACAGUCACAGCCGGGAGAGAGUUCAGUACCCCUCAAAAUCCUCUGGAGCGUCAGAUACUAGAAAGCCCAGAACAAGCAGCCCUGGUCAAGAAUUAACUCUGAGCAGGAGUAGAAGUGACAGUAAGGUUGAAAAAGGAAAGUAUAAAGUCAAAAGAGAAAGAACAGAACACCAAGGAUGGAGGUCAAGAGAGAAAGAUGUAGUGGCUGAAAGGACAGGGCGGAAAUUUGGGACUGGGGGGAAAGAACUGGGGGGGGGGGCAAGCAGCUGA